CCGUAAGACUCUCUGACUUCAAAUGCAACAGAUGCUUUGAUGGUUCUUGUGGAAAGCUGAAUUUCUGGCAAUUGUUACAGGGGUUGUAGCUGCUGUGGCAUUCUAAGGAAAACAGGGCUGCAGUAACUCCCACUCUCCCACUAGUUUACGAUGGCUGGAGAAUGCUUGAUAUUUGCUUACUUGUUUUCCUGUCAAGUGUCAUUAAGCCUAGUAAGAACUUAUUUCUUCACAAAAUCAUUUAAAAAAAGACUACAGAGCAAGAUUCUGCCAUGGAGGAGGAAGUAAGAUUGAUGUACAGCCAGGUCAAAACGUACCGAAACUCAUACAGGAUUGUUUUGAAAGUUGCAGCAGUGAUCUUACAAUAAACUCUCCAAAUGCAACCCUUUGCUCAGCUCCUGUUGUCAAAAAUAGGAAGAGGACUUCAAUGCAGAGCCAAAGCCCAAAGGCAGGAUCAACCAACUCUGUGAAAAGAGCCUGUUAUUCUCCAGAAUCCUCACCUGCAUCACUGCUAAAACCAGUCAGCAGCAGAGGACAGUCAUGUGAAUCACCCUUGAAGCCUGCAAUACAUGAUUAUGUAGAUGUUUCUAAAAAAACAGAGUCUCCUGUGUCUGAAAGCAAAAAAACUACAUUAGAAGAUGUUGAAGCGCUGUGCCGAAGUCCUGCCAUGUUUUUGGACCCUGAGGAUGAUCACGGGUCUGUUGGAUCACCUUUUCCUUUGGAGAAAGGGAAAAGUUCUCCGGUAGUUAAAUUAUGUCUUGAUGGUUGGAAUACACCUGCUGCAGCAAAGAGCUGUGGAGAAGUUGAAAAUUUGGAAGGACCUCAGACUGGGAGAGAUGAGCAGGUUGUUCUUGUGCAAGGAACAGAACCUGUUGCUACAUCUUCUGUGCAGAAAGAGAAGACUUUCUCUUCAGCUCUCUUAGCAGCUGUAGCAACAGGAACACUUCGACAGAGAUAUUCAGUCUCGAUAUCACCUCCAUCACCUCCUCCUGUGAAAGAUCAGGAUAUGGAAAUCGAAAAUGAAUGUGAAUUUUUAAUUGAUGACUCAGGUGGUGCAUCAUUUCCUUCUUGGAUUUCAAUACCCAGUAAGAAAAGAAAAUCAAAAAAAGAUGGCUCUGCAACUCCUGUUUCUAAAUCUCAGCCCUCUGAACAGAAGAAGACACAGAGUAAGAAAGGCAAGAACAGGAAAGCACAGGUUGAAGCACUUACUAAACAGAAACUGAAUAAUCUGGAUGCUGGAGCCUUUGACAUCAAAAGAACGUCAAAAUCGGAUCCAAUCUCUAACAGUGAAGGAAAUGUCCUUAAAUCUCAAAGCCAAAAGAGUACUCAUACAGGAAAGACUAAAAAGGACGCACUUAGACAAGACUCUCCAAACCAGAAAAAGAACACAUCCUGGAAACCAGAAGCUGAAGAACUGAUAUUGUCAUGGUCUGGAUGGGAAACAGAAACAUCUGAUGCAGAAAAAUGUAAAACAAGGGUGCUGCCAAGUGAAGAUUUGCCUAUGCCCUCAUCUGGGCAUCAACAAGAGCAGACUGUGUCUCCAAAAAAGUCUCUCAAGUCUUCCAAGAAUCUGCAGUCAGCUUCAAAAGCUUCUCAGCAUUUAGAUAAGAGGAAACAAACUGCUAAGCAGAAACUUCCUAAGGUUAAAGUAGCUAAGAAAGUGGCAUUAAUUUCAAGGAAGGAGCUUAAAAAAUCUGGCCAGAAAAGUAGUAGUAAAAAACCUCAGUUGCAAAGAGAGAAGAGUUCUGACAGUGAACCUAGUGAAGAAGAGCAUGAAAGAGAGCCUGUAGAUUUGAAAGAUGUGUGUACCACACCCUUGCGUCAGAAAUUAGAGACUCCCAUGAUUCAGAAAUUGGCUGUGUCUGAAAAGCCUAGAAAUGUGUUGCACACAUUGGAGUCACCUGGUGGUGCAAAUAACCAAUCUCCUGUGAAAGCACUACAGCAUCCCAUGGACAGUGUGAAGAAUUCUGAAAAGAAGCAGUUGCCAGCCAAGUAUUCAGGGAAGAUACCUGGAAAGAUUCCUUGCAGAACCAAUAAAGCUGUUUACUCAAACCAUGAGGACACUGAGUCUCAAACAGAUUCUGACAGCUCUUCUGUACAGAACAUGGCAAGGAAAAAACAGAAGUUAUCAGAUGUAAAAAUGAAAAAUAACAAAAGAAAACGUAACAGGCAACAUGGACCACAAUAUUCCUUUGUGGCUGAGAAGGCUGUGAACUAUGAAAAUGGGCCUGUUCUAGAACAUUGCGAUAAAUUUGAUUCCAGCACUAAGUCUUGUGAACAGUAUGAUACAUCAUCAGAGACUUUUGAUGACCUGAAUUACAAAGUGAGAGAUCCAUUGUCAGACAACAUAGCAAGGCAUAAAAUAGUAAUGCCUUCCAACACACCUAACGUUCAUCGAACGAAAAGGAUACGGCUGAGACCUCUGGAAUAUUGGAGAGGCGAGCGCAUAAACUAUACUAUGAACUCUUCAUGGCUUGUGAUUAGUGGAUUAGUGCAUCCAGAAACACAGUCUCGCAGUAAGAAUAGACAGAGGAAGGAUCGUCACAAGCAGAAAGCCAACAAAACAAAUAGAAGAGAGAUACCUGCAAGUUUGGAUCACAACCUAGCUGAUACUUCUAAGCCAACCAUUGUACUGGACCCAGAAACAAAUGAGGAGGUAGUUCUAGAAUGUGUUAACACUGAAAGCAGUCACGCUUGCUCCUUCAAAGACGAAGUGGUAGAAAUAUACAAAAAUCUGAAUACAUCUGUUUUUGCAACUGGUAAAUUGAUUUUGAAACCACUUAAGGAAAAGGGACACCAGUUUGUCCACAUGGAUACAAUAGCUUUCCAUAUUAUCCGUGGCAAAAUUAUUGUUACAUUACAUAAGACAUCAUAUUAUCUGACUACAGGAGACUCCUUCUAUGUUCCUCCAGACCAAAAGCAAGAAAUACAUUUUUGGAUACCUCUUCCCCAUAACUUUACCUGCAAAUUGAAGAUCAUCUAAUGCAAAGGAAUUCUGAAGAACACUGAAGGUUUUCAUCUGACACUCCAGUUUUAGGGGCAGGUUGUUUCAUUGAUCUUAAAGAUCUUUCUUCUGUGUAAAUAGUAAAUACAUAGCUUGUUGCAAAUUAUUUUUUCCUUUGUAUC